AGCAACCUCUCCUGGCUGUUCCUACGUGGGUGAUUACUUAGGUAGUUACCACAUCCAUAAUGAAUUGUUCAGAGCACAGACACCCCCUAUUAAUACCCGUACAACCAUCAACUGGCGUUAUAAAUCAUAGAAAAUGUCUGCACACAUAGCACUACCAACAGCACCAGCACCCCAAUCCCCUCUAGCUCGCUACCGCUUGCUUUCCCCUACGGCAUCGAUCCGGGUCAGCCCCCUAUGUCUGGGUGCUAUGAACUUCGGGAAUGCUUGGAAGGAUUUUAUGGGUGAAUGUGACGAGAAAACCACCGAAGACAUCCUCGAUUAUUACUAUAAUCAGGGGGGCAACUUCAUCGAUACGUCAAAUAACUACCAGUUCGAGGAGUCAGAGAAACGCAUUGGGGCAUGGAUGAAGAAACGUGGUAACCGAGACCAAAUGGUCAUCGCAACCAAGUAUUCGAUUAACUUCCACGCCGGGCCGCGUGGUAAGGGGGAGAUUAUGAUCAAUUUCACUGGCAAUGGUUCUAAGAGCCUGCACGUUUCGGUCCAUGCCAGCUUGGAAAAACUACAGACCAGCUAUAUCGAUUUGCUUUACGUACAUUGGUGGGACUUUUCUACCAGUAUCCCCGAGGUGAUGCAAUCGCUCAACCAUCUCGUCGCAGCCGGCAAAGUGCUUCACCUAGCCGUGAGCGACACGCCCGCUUGGGUUGUUAGCAAAGCCAACGAGUAUGCCCGCCAAAACGGCCUCCGGCAGUUCAGCGUGUACCAGGGUAAAUGGAGUGCGGCACAGCGGGAUUUCGAGCGCGAGAUCAUUCCCAUGUGCCGUUCCGAGGGUAUGGGUAUUGCUCCCUGGGGAGCUCUAGGGAGCGGGAAGUUCAAGACCGAGGAGCAACGCAAAAGUGACGCCGGCCGCAAAGUCCAAGCUACCGAGGAUGACAUCAAAGUCAGCAAGGUGCUUGAAGCGGUUGCCAAGCGAAAGAACACUCUCAUCACAAGUAUUGCUCAGGCCUAUGUUUUCAGCAAGACGCCCUACGUAUUUCCCAUCGUUGGUUGCCGUACUAUCGACCACCUGAAGGGAAACAUCGAUGCCCUGAAUAUUAAACUGUCUACGGAGGAUAUUAAGGAGAUUGAGGCUGCGAUUCCAUUUGAUGUGGGAUUCCCUAACAACUUCCUCUACGGAGCCGAAGUACCUGAAACUCCUGGCCAACUGUGGAUGUUGAGCGUUGGUGGUACUAUGGAUUACGUGCCGGAGCCAAAGCCUCUUGGCAGGGAGUAAACUUUCGCUGCUCUUCUCUCUUCUACUGGCUCUAUAGUUAGGAUGUGUUAGGGUUAGUAAAAAGCAACAUCAGCACACAAUACUAAAUAUAAAAGUUGACUUGCUAUAUCAUUACUUGUAGUAUUAAUAUGGAUGCUAAUUUACUGAGGUAAUACUCG